CAUGAUCCGACGACAGGCGCGACAGCGUCGGGACUACUUGUACCGACGGGCGCUCACUCUGCGCGAUGCCGAGAUUGCGGAAAAGCGAGCGAAGCUGAAGACCUCUCUGGCCACGGGCAAGCAGCUGGAUCCGAGCAUCGCCAAUGAUCGUCAGUUGCGACAAGACUACAAAUACGACGAGUCCCGUGCCGACCGCACUCUCGACGAUGAACUCGAGCUCGACGAUGAAUACAGUCAUCUCUCCGGAGUCGUUGAUCCGCGCGUUUUGGUCACCACCUCGCGGGACCCCAGCAGUCGGCUGGCCUCAUUCGCCAAAGAAAUUCGUCUGCUCCUCCCCACCAGCAUUCGUCUGAACCGCGGAAAUCUCGUACUCCCCAACCUUGUUGGCAGCGCAAAGUCCAGCGGCCUGUCCGAUCUCAUACUCCUCCACGAACAUCGAGGAACACCUACCGCGAUGACCGUGUCACACUUUCCUCAUGGACCGACCGCAUCCUUCAGCUUGCACAACGUUGUCCUGCGUCACGACAUCCCCAAUGCUUCCCGAGGCACCGUCAGCGAAAGCUACCCGCAUCUGAUAUUUGAAGGCUUCACGACGCCGUUGGGACGGCGUGUGGUGAAGAUUUUGCAACACCUGUUCCCACCACGAGAGGGUGGAACAAAGCUGGGUUCAAGAGUCGUGACAUUCAAGAAUAUUGAAGACAGUAUUGAAGUGAGGCACCACGUUUUUGUCAAGACGGCGUACCAGAGCGUGGAGCUGGCCGAAGUUGGACCACGAAUGACGAUGCGUUUGUUUGAGAUUCGACAAGGCACGGCAGAGAAUAAGGAUGGUGACGUGGAGUGGCAUAUGAAUCAGUAUACUCGGACCAGCAAGAAGAAGGACUAUCUGUGA